UAGGGAGUGACGCUGGAGUCUUCUGUUCCUUGUCAAGUUUUUUUUGCUGAUCUGAUGUGGUUUGAAACAGAACAUGUGGGAGGCGAGAGCUGCACCUAGACCGAACAGAGGGAGAUUGGGCCUGAGGUUUUUCAGUUCACGGGGUCUGUAGCAGCUCACACUUGCAACCCCGCUUAUUUUUUUACACAUGUCCGUACGACACAAAAGAGCCCAUUUCAGCCGACUGGUUCACAAAGCAAUUCAUCUCCCCGCUAUUCUUCUUGCAUUUUUAUCAACUCCCUGUAGAUUCCACAACAGUACUUGGGAUAAUUUACUGUGGCCAAUUAACUUUUCCAUCUCCACAUCUGGGAUAUGGGAAGAAAGCGGAUCAUCUGGGAGAAACCUACACCGGCCUAUUUUAACUGUGUUAACACCGUUAGGUAGGGGUGGCCGAACAAUACGAGACAAAGAGUGGGAAUGAUGGACAGAUAGUCAAAUAGCAGGAAUUGACGAGAGAACUUUACAACAAUUUCGCGUGUUGAGAAUGAUUCGGAUAAUUUGUCAAAUUAUAUAUAAAACAGUUUUGUGAAGCAUAUUCAGAUUGGCAAAGAUGGCAAGUAAUCCCUCGGUGGCUAUGCUCAGUAAAGUCAUUGAACAGCAGAUGCUGCAAACAACAGAAAUUGUUGAACAGCAUUUAGAUGCUGAGAUUGAAAAAUAUGAAAAGAUGGAUGGAGAUGAACUGGAGAAACUCCGAGAAAGAAGACUUGAAUCAUUGAAGAAAGCACAACAUCAGAAACAGGAAUGGCUAUCAAAAGGCCAUGGUGAAUACAGGGAGAUUCCCAGUGAAAAAGAUUUUUUUCAGGAGGUUAAGGAGAGUAAAAAUGUGGUUUGCCACUUUUAUAGAGAUACCACAUUUAGAUGCAAGAUAGUAGACAAGCAUUUGACUGUUCUGGCUAAAAAACAUAUUGAAACCAAGUUCAUCAAAUUAAAUGCAGAAAAAGCUCCUUUCCUUUCUGAGAAAUUACGAAUCAAAAUAAUUCCAACAAUGGUCUUGGUGAAAGAUGGGAAAGCAAAAGAUUACAUUGUUGGGUUUGAUGACCUUGGUUGCACAGAUAAUUUCACUACAGAAACUUUGGAAUGGAGAUUGGGAUGUGCUGCCAUCAUUAACUACAGCGGAAAUUUGAUGGACCCACCUUUCCAGAUGCAAAAAAAAUGUGGAAGCGUCACAAAGAUGGAGAAAAGGACAAUUAGAGGAAAGAACAAUGAUUCUGAUUCAGAUGAUGAUUAGAUUGCUAAGCAUAUUUCUUAAUCCACACAAUCUUUUAUUCUUAUGUAUUGUUAAAUUUUGAUUUCAUUAAUUUUCAUAGCCCAAUAAAAAAUUAUUGCAAUGCAAAUUAGUGACUUGGAGAAUGU